AUGGGUGAACACAACGCAGACCAGACAAAAGGUCAAAUGAAAAUGCUUUCUCAUUGUCUCUUUACCCUUGAAUCAUGGAAAAUAAUUGAAAAAGAAGCUCUCAGGCAACCUCCCAUCGACAUUGGCCUCCAGCUUCAAAAUAUUGAGCAGCUUUACCUUGGUGGGAAUGCACUCAGCGGAACAAUACCUGAGUCCAUCUUUAAUGCUUCUAUGGCCAUGCUCUGUGCCUUGGAGCUGGCCUUUAAUUCAUUCUCAGGCACCAACCCAGCUCACUUGGGAAGCAUUCCAGGAGAAAUUGGCAACAUGAACAACUUAGCAUUGUUACACCUGGAAAACAACCAACUUACUGGAUUCAUUCCUAAUUCACUUGGCAGAUUGCAGAAUCUUCAGGGGUUGUAUCUUCAAAACAAUGAAUUACAAGGAGGCAUCCCGACCGAAGCUUGGUUGAAUUAUAUACAAGGACAGUAA